AUGAUCAAGCAGAUCCAAGAAGCCGUCACCAUCCCCGUCAUGGCCAAGGCUCGCAUCGGCCACUUUGUCGAGUGUCAGAUCCUCGAGGCUCUUGGUGUUGACUACAUCGACGAGUCUGAGGUCCUCACACCCGCUGAUGACGAGAGCCACGUUGAGAAGAGCACGUUUGGCGUUCCUUUUGUUUGCGGGUGCAGAAACCUCGGUGAGGCGCUGCGACGAAUUGCAGAGGGCGCUGCUAUGAUCCGUACAAAGGGCGAGGCUGGCACCGGCGAUGUCGUCGAGGCCGUGCGACACAUGAAGACAGUCAACAAGCAGAUCGCCCAAGCCAAGGCCGCGCUCGCAGAGGGCGGCAUCAUCCGCAUCCGCGAACUAGCCCGCGAGCUCGAAGUCGACGCCGAACUCCUCCGCCAGACCGCAGAGCUAGGCCGUCUGCCCGUCGUAAACUUCGCCGCCGGCGGAGUCGCCACGCCCGCUGACGCCGCGCUCAUGAUGCAGCUCGGCUGCGACGGUGUGUUUGUGGGCAGCGGUAUUUUCAAGUCGGGCGACCCUGCGAAGCGGGCCAAGGCCAUCGUGCGCGCGACCACACACUACAAGGAUGCCAAGGUGCUGGCUGAGACUAGCACGGGGCUUGGCGAGGCUAUGGUGGGAAUUAACUGCGAUAGCAUGAAGCCUGAGGAGAAGCUUGCUGGACGAGGAUGGUAG